AUAGAUCCCCUUUCGAUUAUUUGUCCUCCCUUUUUUCACUUUAUUUUUAUUGUUAUUACUCUAGUACCUGUCCAUUCCUUUCUCUUCCCUUUUUUCUUUAUUUUUAUCUUCUUCACUUUUUUUUUGUUUGUUUUCUGAGCCCAUCUCCAGCCUUGUACAUCCUUUCUUUUAUCAAAUUUCAGAGCUGUCGACACAGAACUUCUCCACACGAAUCUAAUUUCUCUGCUUAAAUUCUUUUAAACAAAGAAAUACAACAGCAUGAAGAACAACAUUUCACUACUUAUAUCUACGAUACUUGUCGCUUGUAUCAUCGCUCCAGCACAAGCCUAUUUCUAUGUCCCUUCUUUCAUGAAUGCACUUCCCUACAAGGGUGGUAUGGCAUAUGCUCAAAAGAACAACUCACUUUAUAUUUUUGGUGGCGAAAACGCAACUGCACGAUAUACCAACGACUUUUAUAAACUCACUCAAACAUCUACGUCUUACAACUGGGAAGCAGUACCUCAAACGAACGCACCCAACGGAACAGUGUAUAGUCAGGCUUACGUGACAGCUGAUGGUCAGAAUAUGGUCCUUAUGGGCGGCAUGUCUAAUACCACCGAAGGAAAAAAAGUCCCACUUCAAAUCUAUUCAUACAACUUUGCAUCUCAAGCUUGGACUGCUAAUGCUGAUAACACCGGCAAUGCUUCCAUCGUUCCAAACAGAGAAUUUUUCUCUGCUACUUACGAUGCUAAGAAUCAACGUACUUACGUCUUUGGCGGUGCUAUUACUGGUCAAAAUGCCGUCUUUAACGAUUUAUAUGUUUUAGACGCUAAUUUUAAGGCAACAGCUUUGAAGCCAACUCCCUAUGGACGUUACGGUCAUACUGCUUCUAUUUUAAGUAAUGGACAAUUGGUUAUUAUUGGCGGUGUUAUUGCUACCAAUGUUAGUACUUCACUGGCUUCUAUGGAAAAUGUUUGGAUCUAUGAUCCAUCAUCUAAUAAUUGGACUGCCCGCAACGUUUCAACAACCGGUAAUCGCUUCCCCUCAAGCGCUUCAGAUCACAUAGCCGUUGUCACAAAUGACGACAAAAUCAUCAUUUUUGGUGGUGAUAAUGCUGAUCAACAAAGAUUCCGUCAGUACUUGAAUACAGUUGCUAUUUUAGACACAAAGACUUGGACUUGGUCAUUUCCUAGUAUAAGCGGCAUCCCACCUUCACGUCGCUCCUUCGCAGUCGGCGGCCUCUUGGCUGACAAUUACCUUACUGUUGCUUUUGGUUCUUCAUCCAACUCAUACUACAAUGAUAUCAAUACAUUCAACCUCGAUAGCAGUGCUUGGAUACAAUCUUUUACAGAAAGCUCGAACAAUUCUGAUGGCUCUGUAUCAAAGGGUCUCAUUGCUGGUGUAACAGUUGCUGCAGUCGUUUUGGUCGUUAUCAUUCUCUUCUUGUUAUGGAAAUUUCAAUCGUACAUUCGUUGGCUCGUUGUCCGUAUUCACAAUGACAUUUGGAAGCCUCGUACUGGUGAGCCUGUGUGGGCAGAAACCUCCCGUUUGGUUUCUCAAGUCUUUUUCCUGUUCAUCUUUAUCAUGUUCCUUUACUUUGUCAUCCGCCAAGCCAUUGAUAGCCCUAACGUAACCCAACGUAUUGAGGAUGCUGCUGCUGAAGUGGAUGUUCCAGAUGUUCGUUUCUGUUUCGAUGGUUUCCCUUCUGAAAGCAAUCUAUAUGGUCCUCCUGGUGUAUCUUGCCAAACAGAUAAUGGUUACUCUUGUACUCAAUUUGUUCGCCAACUCGACAUGUCCGUAUUCAAACCUACCUUCUCUGACAAUUUGGGCCCUGUGAAUUGCUUCCUUUUCCGUGCUCCUGAUAGCUUCAAAAUGACGUCGACUUCAGGAGCCAACAAUGGCUCCCGACUCAUGUUUACCAUGUAUGGUGAUCUGACCGCUUCUUUCGGUCGUGUCCAUGUUUCUGUAUUCCCUAAACAAAUGGAUCCUAAUGCAAAGAUUUACGGUUAUGAGGAUGGCAUAAGUGUUUAUUUGUCCGAACUCGAUAUUCUUAACUGGCAAAACGCCGAACGCAACGAUAUUCAAGCCACUAAUGUCUAUACAAUCGAACCUUUCACCUACAGUGCUCUCAGCUACGAUAUUAUCGAUCAUCGCUAUUUGCAACCUGUUGGAUGGAACUAUGUCGGUUUUCUUCCUGUCACUAAUAGCACACCAGAAAUUGAUUCCAACUUCCGUUCUGAAGCACCUAACCCUACCUACACUACGGGUCAUGUUGAUCUCGGCGUGUUGGCUGUGUUCCCUGAACAUUUUGCUCAACUCAUCGAUCGUGAAGUAAAGAUGUAUACACUCGUCAAUGCUCUUGGUUUUGUCGGUGGUAUCUUUGGUCUGUUGGUAGCUGCUCAAACUUGGUUGUUUGGUUAUCGUCCCCGCUCACCUUGGGGUGUGGUUCAUCGUUGGUCUACCGGUAGCCGUAAACAAUCUUUAUUGCAAGGUCUCAAAACUAAAUUCAAGACGACGGAUUCUGGUAUCCCUCUUGUCCACCCUGUGCAUCAUCGUUUCAGCGUGAAUGAAUUCCACAACUUGGGACAGGAAACAGAAGCCCAGCGUGUCUCGCGUGUCGAAGAGCGUAUGCAGAUUUUGGAACUGUUGUUUAAAGCUUACUAUGUGGAUGAUGAAGUCUUCCGCUCAUUGGAUUCCGCUAGUAAUAUCGCAAAGAAUAAGGGCAACGAAAAGUUGAUGAAUAACAGUAGUAGUGUUCGUGCUGGACAAUUUUCCCCCUCUAUUAGUACACCAGGAUCAGCCGUCAGUGGCAAUCCUUUCUAUCCCUCAACCGAAAAAGUAACUCCAUAUGUAGCACAACUGUCAAAAGAGGACAGCAAUCAAAAUGGAUUCGCACACAUGUUCAGCGAACAAAGCCGAACGAGUGCCCUCAUCUCUGAAAGUUUAAACAAUGGCGUAAACAAAGAAUUUUAUUUCACGUAUAAACCAAAUCAGUGGCCAUUACAACAACAAGCACACAGUUCCUGUCGCUUACUGAUUUUAGAUUCUUCAUUCAAUCCACCCACAAAAGCUCAUGUCGAUCUUGUUCAAAAAUCGAUUCGUGCCUACCCAGACAAUUAUUUCGACGGCUUACUUCUGCUCUUCUCAACAAAUAAUGUAGACAAAAAGAUCACAGGUGCCAGUGUUUUACAAAGAGUUCAAAUGAUGGAAAUAGUUGCGCUUCAACAGCUGUCACUACAGCCUAGGGUGCCAGCUGCAGUAGGUCUCACGCCUCAUGGGCGCUUCAUUGAUAAAGCCACAGCCAUCAGAUCGUGGUUUGUGAACCAGAGUCAUAAAAAUGAUGGCACUCCUUUAGAAUUGUACUUUAUCGUGGGUUUUGAUACUAUGAUUCGAUUACUAGAUCCAAAGUAUUAUCACCCAAUACCGGUAAAAGAAGCAGUAGCUCCUUUCUUCCACCACUGUCAGCUGAUAUGUGCCGAUAGAGGGCAGGCGGAUACUUCAUUUUGGGAGAAAGUGAACGAAGAAUAUGGCCAAAAAUUGAUCAAACGAAUACAGCUGGAUCCUUCAAUAAGCUCUCUCUCAAGCACUCUGGCCAGAACUACGCUCUCUACCAGCCAUAACAGUGAUAAUAGCAGCACUCCUAUCGAAGAUAUACUUGACCGAUCCAUUAUCAAUUAUAUAAAUCAAUGUGAAAAUCACAUAUACUAA